CUUUAAUGGCGUUCUCGUCGCGCAUGCGUGGUUGUCGUGUAGUCUCGGGCUCACGUUCCCUGCGCGUUCCAAAUCUAAUAUAUAAAUAGUCUGCAACAAGAAAAACCCGAAAAGGGAUUUGUCAUCAUUCAUCAGACAUGGCUUUUGAAAGCUUGUUCUCCAGACCCCCAAACCCAGCCCUUCACAAAAACAUGACAGACUCUGAACAUGCAGGGGAUGAAAGAGAGGAUGGGGAACUGGAAGAUGGUGAGAUAGAAGAUGCAGGCAUUGAAGUGGAAGACCCAAAAACGACAGAAUCUGAAAUCCCUGUAAAUGAAAAAACGCACAAAAAAUCUAGAAAGAGGCGGAAGAAAGAGAAGGAAAAGAGAAAGGACAAGCGUCGCAGGAGAGAGAAACACAAGCAUAGUGACAACAGCUCUGAGUACAGCUAUGACUCGGAUACCGAUCAUGCAGAAAGACCCCACAAAGAAUCGAUGCACAAGGAUUUUGACACUCUGUUUUCUCAGCCUGUUCCUAUGUUGGGGAACUAUAUGACUUCUCCUAAAGCUCAGCACAAAAGGAAUGUAAACAAGUAUGAUGAUUUUGGUAACUACAAUGAUGGUGACUAUAAUGAGGAAGAGGAGGAGGAGGAUGAUUUUGCUGAGCAGCUCAAACAUUAUAGACAAGCUAAAGAAAGUUCAAAUGCAGCUGAAUCACCUUUUAAAAAUCCAAAUAUGAAAGGAAAUCAAGUCCCUGAGCAGCAAGCAAAAGGGUUUCCCUAUGGACGUGGUCGAGGAAUACAGAAGAAACAGAAAGAUCAUGGGCGAGGAAGAGGGAUGCAUAAGAGACCAAAUGCAUACUUUCAAGAUGACUUUCAAGAGGAUACCAAGCCUGGAAAAAAGUGGAUGAACAUGAGUCAAGAUUUCAUUAACCAGCAUACAGUGGAGCGCAAAGGGAAACAAAUCUGCAAAUACUUCCUGGCCAGGCGGUGUAUUAAGGGAGAGCAGUGUAAAUUUGAUCAUGAUGCAGAAAUUGAGAAGAGGAAGGAAAUCUGCAAGUUUUACAUACUAGGAUAUUGUACCAAAGGAGAGAAUUGCCUCUACAUGCAUAGUGAAUUUCCAUGCAAGUUUUACCAUACAGGGACAAAGUGCUACCAGGGGGAUCAUUGCAAGUUUUCACACGAUGAAUUGACGGAUGACACAAGAGAGUUAUUGAAUAAGGCUUUGAAUAUGGAGGAAGAGCCACUGCUUGAAGAUGAACAUGAUGGGGAGAACAUGCAGAGGCAUGGCAUAAAUUUUUACAGCCCACCAUUCUUAGGAAUGCCGUUCCAAGGAAAUCACCAGCCGAUGUACAACUCUGAACCAUUGCCAGACACUGGACCCAUGGCACAAAGUCCACCAUUGCAAUCGGUACCCGGGUUUGGUAACCCAGAUAUGACUGGAAUGACCAUCCCAUUUGGCACAUGUGGAAUGCAAGGUCAUUCAGAAAAUAACCAGAGAGAUAACCAUGGUUUGCAAGGACCUCCAUUCCUCCAAAACACAGAGGAUCAGCAGAACAUUAUGCAACCGAACAGUUAUCAGUCUUUGCAAAAUAAGUCUGGAUUCUAUGAAAAUUUCUAUUCUCAGCAAGCCGUCCAUAGCAUACCACCCUCCAACACUGCUUUGUCUACACACGAAGUUUCAUUUACAAGAAUUGGGAAAAAUCUUGAUGUGGGAGAAGGAAAUGUGAUUCAGCGACAAAGGUCGAUGAGCCGAGAUGAAGAAGAUAUUACAAAUUGGUAUACAAGUAGUGAAGAAGAAGAAGGAAGUAGCGUGACAUCAAUCUUAAAAACACUAAGAAAUCAAGCAAAACUUACAAAGAAUAAUUCAGCUGAACAGCAAACUACUGUAAAUUUUGAUCCAAGACUGACAAAAGACAGGGUUGUCAUGAUGCAAGCCAAUGAUCCCAGAACAACACCUGCUCAAGUGCAAAAUUUUCCAACUCCUGGAGAAACUGUGUGCAAUGACCCAAGAGUUAUCAGACACCCAAGAAAAAGCAAACCUGGUGAGAUAACCACAGGGGGUAGUGUGAGGUCUGAUAGCCACCACCCACAGGCUGCUGGAAAUGUCAAGCAGAAAGGAAUGGAUGACGAUGAGGAAGAGUUAGAGAGAGAAUUAAGGGAGAAAGCUGUUCUAAUUCCAUUAGAAACACCACCCGGUGUAUCUCUAAGAGAUCCCCGUUGUAAACUGAGGCAGUUUAGUCAUAUUAAAAUGGACAUCUUACUGGCCAAACCACAUUUUGCCAAACUAAUAGUAUGGGCACCUGAAGAUUUAUUACCAGUGCCUCCACCUAAACCUGAUCCGGUUUCAUCCAUUAACUUGCCGUUGCCUCCACUGAUAGCUGACCAGAGGCUGCUGAAGUCAAGAAAUCUAGCAAACGAGUUGCACCACUCUGCGACAGAUCCACGAUUAGAAAGACAAGAUCCAAGGUUGGAAGCGAAAGCUAAACACCCAGGCGGGAUCAGCAGGAGCAUUUCAGCAGACCAGGCGGAUUCCCGUGUGGUAAGCAACAAACUGGGAGAUCCUCGGCUAAAAAAAAAUCUUCACUCCAGGCCUCAAAGAACACCCAGCGCUGACAACCAUCAUGGAAUCCUCAAAGAGUCCAGUUCUCUAAAGACUGAUCCUCACUUGGCACCAAGGUCAUCUAGUUUUUCGACAUCAAUUGCUGUGAGUAAAUCUGAUCAAGAUGCCCUGCCGCCCUACCUUCCCAAGCUGUCCUCUUCAAAUGUCCGAUUGGGAGCUCCUAGUCCUAUACUGAAGAAUAUCAGUUUAUAUGAUCCUAGAGACAGCACACCCGCUUCGGAUUCGGUUUUGGUUUCUACAGGGGAGAACGGAGAUCACCAGAAAAAGAUGUCAAAUUUUAACAAGCCAAUCAAACAUGAGACUGAACAGACUGAUAUUGUGCAACAACCUCAGAGUUCGGAAGAAAGCGAAGCAGUAGCUGCUGAUUCUACUGCCAAUAAAAUUGGUGCUGCAAACAAAGAUCCUUCACCUCCAGUGGACUGUCAAUCAGCCACUGCUCCAGCUGUUCACAACCUACCAGUUCAGGCAUUGACGGGCCUUAUGCGGCCACAGUAUAACGAACUGAGGCAAAUCAAACCAGCAGGAUUGGCAAAUCCGAUGCAGGACAGCAGUGCUGAUCCGGAGUCAGACGAUAAGCCGUUAAAAGAUGUUUUCAAAACAUUUGAUCCCACAGCUUCUCCAUUUUGUUAGUGUAAUCUUUAAUGCCCGUUGUACAUUGAUCUGUAAAUUGUUUUGUAAUUGACUUCUGUAGUUUUAUUUAUUUGUAAAUUAUAAACAAACACAUUUUGAGCUCUUACACUUUAAUAUGAAACACAUACAGAUGCAUGUUAUACCAAGUGCAAAUUUGGGGUAUUUUACUCUUUUUCUGAGUCUAGUGGUAGUUGUGGUAGGAAACAAAGUUGAUGAAAUAAAGCACUUUUAUUGUAAAAUGGAACAUAAUGCAGAAAACAGGUGUGUGUGUGUGUGUGUGUAUGUAUAUUUCUAUUUAUAUAUUAAAUGUAGAUAAAGAUAGAUUUGUGCAUUUAUAAAUGUAUAUGCAUCAACAUAUGUACAUAAUUCACCUACAAUGAGUGUAAAUACAUAUAUGCUGGUAUAUAUGCCUCUUGUGUAACUGUAAAUUAAUGUAAGCUAAAAUUUCCAUUUUUGUUUUCUUUUUUAAGAAUAUUUAAAGGUUCACUUAGCCCAUUUUCAUGUUACUUUCAUAUUUGAGUCAAUUUUGCUUGAUGCAUUUUACUGCAUGUAAAUUGGUGCAUUCACUAGAUUAAAAAAAUAAGACUUCUGUCCCAUUUAACCCCUCUCCCAUCUACUGGGAGCAUCUAUGUGUGUCCUUUCUGCAUGCGCACAGUAGCGCUCUCACGCAAUAAGAGCUGAACUUCCAUUGAAGUCAACGGGAAUAGCGUCAGCCAAUCACAUGAAUGGUAUUUGAGUAAUAAUGAUGUUUUAUUAGCAUGUGUGUGAUUAGCUGCCCCAACCCCCACUGAUUUCAAUGGGAGCACCAAAAGUAUACCUUUUAUGCUUUCCUGCUUUCAGAAGCCGCCAUGGGAAGGCUCCUUUUCUAGCAUUUAUAUGCAUGCAGUAAAAUGCAUUUGAUUCUAUAAUGUAUGUAUUAAAAAGAAAAACAUGUUGGGGACUAGACUGUUCCUUUAAAUAUUUCGCAUCAAUAUUUGUAACUAUUGUAUCAAGCAAUACUGUGUAAAUUACAAAUUCCAUGUAAAAAAAACAGAUGUGUCUGGAAAGCCUGUAAUUUUAAAGCUAUCAGUCUGGAAAAGGCUAAGAUAAUUUUUCAGUGUGUAUUACUUAUUGCUGUUGAUAAAUGCAAAGUAUAGGUAAACCACAUCCUUGUGUACCUUUUUAGUUUCAAUUGUGUUUUAAAUUAUUUUUAUGAAGCCAUGUACAUAGACAAAAAGUAUAGUACAGAACUAGACCCGUCAUGUGCUGUUAAAAGCAAUAUAAUUUGUUUUGGUUUUUUAUCCCCCCCUCCCCACAGGGAAGCUAGUAGUAUAACAGUAGAUGUGUAUGUAUUGCAUGCAAAUAUAUUCAAUUUUGGUUUUGUUUAUGUAAUUUCAGUACUUGUAUUGUCCAUAACAUUUUAACUAAAUAUUAAAAAAAAAAAUGAAAGUUGUUCUGCUUUGGUAGUCA